AUGCAGGAAGGGUGGUGUGAUAUCGCAGGAUCAGUUGAAGAAAUUCAAGCCAAGUUGUUAAAAAGACAGGAGGCAGCAGCCAAACGCGAGAGAGCCAUGGCAUAUGCUUUGGCUCACCAGUGGCAGGCAGGAUCAAGACAGCAGGCAGCUCCCAGUGGGUUCGAACCAGAUAAAAGCAACUGGGGCUGGAACUGGUUGGAGAGAUGGAUGGCUGUCCGUCCAUGGGAAAACCGUUUUCUUGACAUUAAUCUUAGAGAUGGAGUAAUGCUUCGUGAGAAUGGAUCAGCAGAUGGAAAGAAUGGUACUCCGACUCAGUUAAAGCCCGCUGGCAAGAAACUCAUUUCUUCAAACCUUUACUCAAACCUUCCGAAUGAGAAAAUGGGUCCAUCUCAUUCAGAUGGCUGUGCCUCUUCUCCCAGCAAGUCCACAAGCAUACAAGAAGCAUCUGCCACAAUGUCUACCAAGCCAAAGUCCAAGCCAGUUCUUGAAGAUUUGGUCGAAGAAGCUACCUCCACCCCUGGUGUAGGUUCAAGAUCCCACAGUAAUCCCAAAGAGAGGGCAACAAUUUCAGAUAAGCAAGGAAAGAAGCGAUUUUCUCUUCCUAGUAGCGGACAAGGUCUUGGGCCUCAAACAGCCAGGCAACCUGGUAGAACUACUGUCAAAAAGUCACCUGGCGCACAGAAGCCCUUAAAGGAUAAAUCGAAGCUAAAUGGAACCGACCUAAAUGCUACAAAAUCUCUUCCGCAGGUUGUUGAUCAUUAG